AAGUGUUCCAUUCUUGGCUUUAGAGUUCAUUGGAUGAGCUUACUGCCCGUAUCCGAUACUGCCCUCAGACAGGGGGCGUAGUUCACUCGAGAUUGAUUUCUAUAAAUGUUUGUUUUAUGGUUCACAAAUUAUACGACACCUGCCUUUACGUUAGGGUAAAUGGUUGUUUAUCACGGCUCUUAAAACUUAAUAUAAAUGCCCAUUGUUUUCGCUCGGUAUUAAUAAGCUUAAAAGGUGGUGACUUGAUAAUAAUAAUAUUUGUAAUCAAGAAACGUAGGACAUGUCUCUGUUAUAGAGGAAUGAGGGUACUGGAGAAGACAAAACAGUGGACUUAAACGAAACAACCAUACAACUUUAACCAUGUUAACGUGAUGAAUGUUCCGUGCGUAACUUAUCCGAAAAUGAAAUUUUUCGUUACUUGUUUCAUUAUUUGGAUCUGUUCUGUGAAUUCACAAACUAACGAGAAUCUUAAGACACUCCAAGGCGAUCUUUUCGCCUCCUACUCUUCCAAGAUUCGCCCUGUGAUUAACCAGCUAGAACCUCUCCAGUUAGACGUCAGCUUCUACCUCAGCAGCGUUAAUGAGGUCAACGAGGUCAAGGAGAAAAUGGUUACCACGGGUUACCUGGAGUUGUCAUGGACGGACGAGCUGUUGAAAUGGACGCCCGCCGACUAUAACAACACCGACACAAUAUUUGUUCCGCAGAAUGAUAUUUGGAAGCCCGAUCUCGUUUUAAAGAACGGGUUCAAGAAGUUUGAAGAGCUUGGCGGUAGUUUCUACUAUCUGUAUAUCGAUUACGAAGGCUUCGUUGUUUGGAUGCCUUUUAGUGUUUUCGAAUCUCGAUGUUCCAUGAAUAUUUUUAAUUUUCCGUUUGACAUCCAGUCAUGUGACAUCAAGUUCGUUACCUGGAGCCAUUUUGCUGAACAGAUCGAGAUAACGAAAUCGUCAAAAGGGAUAAACUUCUAUGAAUAUGAGGAGAAUGCCGUCUGGGAUAUUUUGGACACAACGUCCGAGAUCAAAAAGGAAGGGAGAGAAUCGGAAGUAAAGUUUACUUUUAAACUGCGUCGAAAGUCGCAGUAUUACGUGAUGAAUAUCAUUCUACCCGUCAUUUUCCUGGGUUAUCUGAAUAUCCUGGUGUUUGUAAUCCCGGCCGACGCAGGAGAGAAGAUGUCCUUCUCCGUGACUGUGUUCCUGUCCUUCGCCGUCUUCCUGACCAUCAUCUCUACCUUGUUGCCGACCAGUUCUGAAAAUAUUCCCGUCCUUGCUAUGUACCUUGUGAUACAGCUGGUAAAUGGAGUCUUUGCCCUUGUCAUCACCGCAUUCCAACUUCGCUUACGUCAUAGAGACGACAGUGAAGAGGUUUCGGGUAUAUGGGUGAAGGCCAUUCGGUUGCAACAAAAACUGAGGUGCAAAAAGAUGAAUACCGUGAAAGGAAAACCCUUCGAUUCAAAUUCAAACAUUGAUGAUCUUAAAUCCAAACCUAAAACAGAUGAAAUCCUGGAUGUGACGUUUGGUUGGAAUCACGUGGCAUCAACCAUUGAUUUCUUUGCUUUCUGGUCUUUUCUCAUUACAAACAUCAUCAUCACUAUUGCAAUGUUCAGUGUGGCGGCAUCGUAACCACAUUUUUUGUAUUUUCUCUAUAACUAUAAAAAUACUUUUAAUACUAUUAUCAUGAUGUCAUGCUAUCCCUUUAAAAGAAAAAGUAAAAAUAUCCCCAAAUA